AUGUGCUCUGAUUCAUUAUGUGGAUUCAUCCAGGAGCACUACCAAAGUGUUUCAAAGAAGGGGUAUCCUGACUUAGAACAAAGGGACGGGGGUUGGCUCAGUCCGCUAUUAAGGGAAGAGUUUGUACAUUUUGCCUCCAUAUGCUUUGAGAGUUUUGGAGAUAGGGUAAAGCACUGGGUUACCAUAAAUGAGCCCAAUAUGGUGGCUGAUUUUGCCUAUCUCAGAGGACUAUAUCCACCGGCUCGUUGUUCUCCACCAUUUGGCAAUUGUUCCACUGGCAAUUCUGACAUUGAGCCUCUUAUUGGAAUGCACAACAUGCUAAUAGCACAUGCUAUGGCCGUUGAAAUUUAUCGUACUUUUUUCUGGCCGAAACAAAAUGGGUUUGUAGGAAUUGUUGCGCAUGCAUUCAUGUAUGAACCGCUUAGGGAUGAAGAAAGGGAUCGGGAUGCUGUUGAUAGAGCCUUAGCUUUCAAUGUGGCCUGGACAUUUGAUCCUGUAGUGUAUGGAGAUUACCCCGCUGAAAUGCGCCAUUGCCAUGGCUUGGAGUUACCAAGGUUUUCAGCCAAAGAGAAACAGCUUUUGAGAGGAAGCAUAGAUUUUAUCGGUGUCAACCACUAUUCAACUCUAUAUGUCAAGGACUGUAUUCACUCUCCUUGCCCCUCUGGGGGUGACCGUCCCAUCAUGGGAUUUCUCAACACAACUGGGUAUCGAGAUGGGGUUCCAAUUGGAGAACCGACUGGACUGGAUGAUUUCUUUGUUGUUCCAAGAGGCAUGGAGAAGAUCAUUGACUAUGUUAAGCAAAGAUACAAUAACAUGCCCAUGUUUGUGACUGAAAAUGGAUGCACUUUACAAACACAAGAGAAUGAACUAGAAGACAGGGAUCGGAUCAACUUUCACAAAUCUUACCUUGCCUCUUUAGCCAGAGCAAUAAGAAGUGGUGCUGAUGUACGUGGAUACUUCGUUUGGUCCGUGAUGGAUAAUUUUGAAUGGCUCAAUGGAUACACCAAAAGAUUUGGCUUAUAUUAUGUUGAUCGGGAAACACUUGAGCGAACUCCAAAGCUUUCUGCAGGAUGGUUUGCUAGUUUCCUCAGAAACCAUACUCACAACAACGACAAUGAAGAAAUUAGCUUAGCUUCAGUCGUUCAUAACCAAAAUAAAGUAAUUAGCCAAAUGGAACCUGAAGUUGCUGAAAUGUAGUUUAUAUCACACAUCACU